CAGGAGCCGGGCAGGGGCCGGGCUGGAGCCAGCGCGGUGGCUGGAAGCGGCAGCGCGGCAGCGGGUGGAGACACAGGCGGCGGCACGGGCGACGGCACCGGCACGGUCCUGGGAUUACCUUGAAGGCUCACCCCCCUGGUGCUCAUCUGCUUCUGGAGCAAAAAGAUUUUUUUCUUGGUUGAUGAGAUGGCUAGUUCCACACAACAGAUUUCCAAAGAUGAGCUUGAAGAACUGAAGGAGGCCUUUGCAAAAGUUGAUCUCAACAGCAAUGGAUUCAUUUGUGACUAUGAACUGCACGAGCUUUUCAAAGAAGCAAACAUGCCCUUACCAGGCUACAAAGUAAGAGAAAUUCUCCAAAAACUCAUGCUCGAUGGCGACAAAAAUAAAGAUGGGAAGAUCAGUUUUGACGAAUUUGUUUUGAUUUUCCAAGAGGUCAAAAGUAGUGACAUCGCCAAAACCUUCCGAAAGGCCAUCAACAGGAAAGAAGGCAUCUGUGCGCUGGGUGGGACAUCGGAGUUGUCCAGUGAAGGGACCCAGCAUUCAUAUUCAGAGGAAGAAAAAUAUGCUUUUGUGAACUGGAUAAACAAAGCCUUGGAGAAUGAUCCUGACUGCAGGCAUGUUAUCCCAAUGAACCCAAACACAGAUGACCUUUUCAAAGCCGUCGGAGAUGGAAUCGUGCUUUGUAAAAUGAUCAACCUUUCAGUUCCAGACACGAUUGAUGAAAGAGCAAUCAAUAAGAAGAAACUUACACCAUUUAUCAUUCAGGAGAACCUAAACUUGGCCUUGAAUUCGGCCUCUGCCAUCGGGUGCCACGUGGUCAACAUUGGCGCUGAGGACUUACGGGCUGGAAAGCCUCACCUGGUCCUGGGGCUGCUUUGGCAGAUCAUUAAGAUUGGAUUGUUUGCUGACAUCGAGCUCAGCAGAAAUGAGGCCUUAGCGGCCUUGCUCCGAGAUGGCGAGACCUUGGAGGACCUCAUGAAGUUAUCUCCAGAAGAACUCCUGCUCCGAUGGGCCAACUUCCAUUUGGAAAACUCAGGCUGGCACAAAAUCAACAACCUGAGCUCAGACAUCAAGCUAAUUGACUUCAGUAAUUCAGUAAAGGAUUCCAGAGCCUACUUCCACCUUCUAAACCAGAUUGCUCCAAAAGGCCAGAAAGAAGGGGAGCCCCAGAUUGACAUUAGUAUGGCCGGUUUCAAUGAAAAGGAUGAUCUGAAGAGGGCCGAGUACAUGCUCCAGCAGGCCGACAGACUGGGCUGCCGUCAGUUUGUCACUCCAGCAGAUGUGGUCAGUGGGAAUCCCAAGCUCAACUUGGCUUUUGUGGCCAACCUGUUCAACAAAUACCCAGCACUCACCAAGCCCGAGAACCAGGACAUCGACUGGACGCUGCUGGAAGGAGAAACCCGAGAAGAAAGAACUUUUCGUAACUGGAUGAAUUCUCUUGGUGUUAACCCUCACGUAAACCACCUGUAUGGUGACCUGCAGGAUGCCCUGGUCAUCUUACAGUUGUAUGAAAGGAUCAAAGUCCCUGUUGACUGGAAUAAGGUCAACAAGCCUCCAUACCCCAAGCUUGGUGCCAACAUGAAAAAGCUAGAAAACUGCAACUAUGCUGUGGAUUUGGGGAAGCACCCUGCCAAGUUCUCCCUGGUUGGCAUUGGUGGGCAAGACCUGAAUGAUGGCAACCCAACACUGACACUAGCUCUGGUCUGGCAACUUAUGAGAAGGUACACACUGAAUGUCCUGGAAGAUCUUGGCGAUGGCCAGAAAGCUAAUGAUGACAUCAUUGUGAACUGGGUGAACAGAACACUAGGGGAAGCUGGGAAAUCCACCUCUAUCCAGAGCUUUAAAGACAAGACCAUCAGCUCAAGUUUGGCGGUUGUGGAUUUAAUCGACGCCAUCCAGCCAGGAUGUGUUAACUAUGACUUAGUGAAGAGCGGGAACCUAACCGAAGAGGACAGGCACAACAACGCCAAGUAUGCCGUGUCUAUGGCCAGGAAAAUUGGGGCCAGGGUCUAUGCUCUUCCUGAAGACCUCGUGGAAGUGAAGCCUAAGAUGGUUAUGACAGUAUUUGCCUGCUUGAUGGGCAGAGGGAUGAAGAGGGUGUAAGAAAGUCAAUUCAAAUGCAAACAGAAACCCUUGCCUCCUUCCCCUACCCUGUCCCUGCAUGAUUCCCAGAUCAGCUAUUUCCAGGAUGAAAUGCUGUUGGCUUACGAACUGUUGACCUUUAAGGGACCUUGAGUUUUGCUUUGCAAGACUAGCGUCAUGAUCAUCAUCUGAGUUCUCAGGGAGAGGAGUUUUAAUACAAAGAACUGCUCUUUCCCAUACACAGUGACAAAGUGUCAAGUGCACACAAAAUGUAUUCAUAGCCAAACCAUUUGACUCUCUCCCCUUAGAAUGCCAUGCUGGAUGUUCCCGAUGGCUACGUUAUUUCUCCAUUUUUCCCUUUAUGAUUUCCACCUCUUGGGUUUGUUCUGAUUGAUUGAUAUAUACGGAUCCUACUAGAUAGUAAUCUCACAUUUUAUCCAACAGUUUUGUUCUAUUUGCAUAGUAUGGAUUGGAACACUUGGGGCUUGUUUUUGUAGACUUGAAGUUGCUCAGGAGAAAGUGAUAAAAGGUUUCAUAGGACUCUUAUUUCUUAAGAUCAUUAUCUUUUCCAGUAUUCUUUCUAUAUGGUGCUUUUUUGUACAUCAAAAGGUUUGGGUUCUUUUCUAAACAAGACAGCAGAAGUUUCUGCUCCCCUUCCCCCCUUCCCCCUCCCCCUUUCAAAAAGCAUCUGCAAAGUAGAAUACAUCCUUUAGAGAGUAACCCUUCAUCUGCUUUUCCAGUAUAGACAACUAGCAGAUGUUACCACAAACUGACCAACUUCAUGAAUCCAUUUUGUGAUGUGUUUGAUCUAAGUCUUUUACUUUUUUUUAAUUGAAAAUGCUGUUGAAUAGAAACUAUUUUUUCAGGGGAGGGAGUGCUAUGAACAGCUUAAGUCCUUGUAGGAUAGAGCUAGUGUGCAGAUUCUCAAGAUAAAUACACUGUCUUUACACCCGAAACCGAGGAGCAGUGAUCACCAAA